AUGUCUUCCAUCAAGUCCAAACAAGAAGUUGACACCUCCAAGCUCGAUGAUGAAGUCGGUGAAUUCCACGUCGAACAAGCUUUCAAAGCCUCCGACGUCAAAGUCCAAGCAGGCCAGCUUUCCUCGGGCUACGAGUCUCUAAGCUUAUGGCAGACUGUCAAAGUCUUCAAAGUUGCUACGGCUUAUUGCUUCGCUGCUGCGUUUAGCGCCGCUACUGAUGGAUAUCAAAUCGGUAUCAACGGCAGUAUCAUCGCCAACAAAGGCUUCGUUCACCAAUUCGCGACUGCGACCAACGCCGACGGAGACGAAUACCUCACUGCCCCUAUCCUAGCUGGCUGGAGUUCCAUAAUGUCCGUCGGCCAGAUCAUCGGCAUGUUAACGAUUCCCUUCCUGUCUGAUAGAUAUGGUCGCAAGAAAGCCAUGUGGACCUAUUGGACUAUUCUUGUUAGCAGUGUCUUGUGCGAGACUCUAGCCAGGACUUGGCCCGUUUGGCUCGCUGCUAAACUCCUCGCGGGUGUCGGAGUUGGCUCCCUUCAAUCGACCUUGCCGGUCUAUAUCUCCGAGUGCGCACCUACUCGUAUCCGCGGAGGUCUUCUCAUGUGUUAUAGUCUCUGGUGGACCAUCGGAUCCUUCUUCGCCUACAUCGCCCUGCAGUUGCUGAACCGCAAGAACCCCAACAUCUGGCUCACACCUAUUUACACCCAAUGGGCUCAGAUCGGUAUCAUGUGUCUCAUUUACGUUUUCCUCCCGGAGUCGCCAGCUUGGUGCGUCAGUCGCGGUAACGCAGAAGGUGCCAAGAAGCAGCUGCUCAGGCUCAACCGCGGCGUCGCCGACUAUGAUGAAGAGCAUCAGUAUCAGAUCAUCGUUCAGACCUUUGAGCACGAGAGGGAGGUCGCAGCUGUGCAGAAGAAGGAGCAUUGGUAUGCCAUCUUUCGCGGGAUCGAUGGUCUUCGAACUGUCAUCUCGCUGUGGCCGAACCUGACGCAGCAAUUCAUCGGCCUCACACUUUUUGCGACGUUUGGAACCUACUUUUUCCAACAGGCCGGCCUGGCUGAUCCUUUUACGAUCAAAUGCAUCACGUCUUCCAUCAAUAUUACCACGUUGUUGAUCGUUGUCUUGGUAGCUGACAAGAUUGGACGACGCCGCAUCUCAUGCUACGCCACGACGCUUUCGUGGACAUCUUGUGUAGUCAUCGGAAUUCUUGGUCUCAUCCCCAGAACAACGGCGACUUCAAACAUCUUUGUCUUGUUUGUAUGCCUCUGGAAUGUUGGAAUGAUCUCCAACGGCGCUGCUGGUUGGGGCUUCAUAGCUGAGAUUUCUUCUCUACGUCUUCGUCCUUAUACUGCUGGCUUUGGCGCUGCCUGCACUUGUGUUGCUGGAGUUGUUAUGAACGUGCUCACUCCUUACAUGGUCAACGCCAACAAGUGGAACUGGGGCUUCAAGACUGGCUGGUUCUAUGCUGGUGUUGGAUUGCCCUUCCUCCUUGGCACUUGGCUUCUACUUCCGGAUACAUCGGGGCGAUCUGCAGCUGAGGUUGAUGAGCUUUUCGAGAGGAAGAUUAAGCCUUGGAGGUUCAACGAGACCAAAACCACCGCAGCCUAA